UUUGCUUUUACAAACAAAGAACAGAAAAUGAGAGCCAGUUUCCUUUUUUUUGGUUUUUUUUUUAAUCAGUGAAAACUUUCUUAUAAAGCAGUAUCUUCUUUUGCUAUGCAUUGCUUAUUUAAAUUUUCCAGCGUCUCCUUAGUAUCCCAUCUGAAAUAUAAUUCUAAAAUCUUCAAGUGAUCCUGAACCUCUUAGGUGAGAUAAAAUUCAGAGCACAGCAGACCCUGUUCGUUGUGCUGGUUCCCUGACAGGGUUUGGCUGCUGAAUUUAGCUGGCUGGUGUGUGCAUAUGUCCACUUCCUGGAAGGUGUUCAGAUCUGAUAAGAUUUUUGUAGUUGUUACCCAAAAGGGAAGAGACGAGUGUUUUGAACCCAUGAGGACUUCAGUUUUACUUUGGAAUAGGAACAUCAAUUCCUUUACAGGCAUGAACUGCAAUAUAUUAUAUGAAAAAGCUGUGCCUUUUCUUUUAAAUACAUGGAUAUCAAGAUAGGAACCUUACACUACAAGGAUUUUAAUCUUUCUCAAACUUGCUACUAUGUACACCAAUAUAAGCCACUGUACAAUAAGAAUUAAUAUCACAUUUUUUUAUGGCUCAUCCCUACACUGAUAAGACUGUUUAAUCAUCAGUCAACCAAACUAAAUUUUUUUUGGUGGGUACUCAUCAAGACAAUAUUGUUUUUGAGCUUUACAUCAAGGAAAAGAAUAAUCUUCUAUUCAUUGUGAUAUUUGGGAUGACGCUUCCUAUGGAACUUUAGAAGGAAAAUACCCUAGAGAGCUUUCCAUUUCAGGGACUUCAUUAAUGAUCAAGUACUUUUAAGUGACAUGCAGUACCUUGAAGGAUUACAGCCAAUAUAUUGUUUCCAAUAAAUCAGUCCUAGGCUUUGAACCUUGUAUAUAAUGUAUGAUUAACCCUGGAAGUUCAAAAGUCAUUGACAUUGGUUUCCAUUUUAGAUGAACCAAAAUGCUGGAUCACAAUUUUACAAGCUGUCUUCAUUUUUCUCAAGUUUUAUUCUAUUUGUGUUUCAUUUAAUUUGUUCCAGCUGUGAAUGUUUCCAGGAGAAACUGCCCAUCAAGUCUUUUAUUGUAUAGAGUUCAAAUGUAGAGAGAUUAGAGAUGAGCCAGUUUGCCUUCACUUUCAAGGCUUUUGGCCUUGAAAUGCUGCACUUUGAAGUAGAGUGCUGCACCCCCAUGUCUGCAUAAACAUGUCUCUAGAAAGUUUUACAAUACAGUUUCAACUGUUUAAAAAUAUGUUUAUUUUUGACUACACAUAUAAUUCAUAUUUUGUAAAGUUUCACUAAAAAAACCACUGGUCUCUUGAAAGUAAGAUGACAUACAUUACUAGAAGUCAGGCAUCCUAAUUACCCUAUAAAAUUCUGGUUUAAGGCUACCAUGAAGAUUAUUUUAUUUCAACUUGGUUGGUAAGGAAAAUAAAGUUUACACACUGAUCACCAUACAACAACGAAAAGAGAAAGAAAAAAAACUAACCCAAAAAACCCACAAACAAACACCAAAAAACCCACUGCAGGAUCUCUCCUUUGUGGGUUUAUAUACAGCAGAUUGCAAAUAUUUUAUUAUAACUCAAAUUAAAAAAGAACAUUAGGUCAUUCUGUUCACAUUUUGCCAUAUAAAAACUGAACACAAACUGUUCAAAAAAACAUAGUAUGACUUAAGAUAAUCUCCACAGACUUAUUCCUUUACACAGUUAUUUUCAUUAGAGUUAUGUUUUUACACUGGGAAAGGAUUCUUCAUCUAAAAAAACACUUCAUAAAGGAUGAAACAUUUUGUUUGUGUACCGUAUAUAGCCUGGAUCUUGAAAACUUCCUGUCCUUAAUUGCUUAUGCAAAAAUGAUUCAUGGUGCAAAUUGGUAUUCACAAGUUAUUAUGUGCAUUAAUUUAUGUUUUUCCUUUGUACAGGAAUCUAAAGAUUAGAAUUAUAGGUGGUUCUGAAACACAUUUUAUUUUGUCUUGAAAUCAAGAUUGCAAAAUAUUUUAUAUUCACAUUCUGUAUGGAUUUUAGGCUAUUGUCAUCAUGAUGAUGGUUUGGGCGUUUUGUGGAGGAGGGUUGUAUCUUAGAGUAUUGGUUUGGUUAAACACAAUAUGUGGACAAAAGACAAAGAAAGUUUUAAGGAGUUUUGAGAUAACAGUAUUUUUCCCAAGCAUUCAAAACAGCACAUGAAAAUCUGUAGGGUUAAGUUUAUAGGUGGGGUCUUUAACCUAUUUUAGCUAAAAAAAAAAAUAAAUUAAAAAAAUUAAAAUUGGAGCAAAAUAGAAAAAAAUAGCAGUUUUAUACUUAGAAAUGAUUUUGAUAUUGCCAAAAUAACUUUUCAUUAGAAGAUGAAAUGUCAUUUUCUUCAAUGUCUAUGUUUGGAUUAAAGUCUGAAAUUUUAAUUUUGUCAAGGAGGAAAUUUUUUGUGAGGAAUAAAAAAACCCCAAACAUUUCAACUGACUAUAAUAUAUAAUAUAUGCAGGAUAUAUAUAGGUACACAUGCAGGAAUACAGAGCCAGCAUCUCCACGGCUGUAAAACAUCUAAGUGUCUCUGAAGUCACAACUUGCCUAACUAACAUCAGCUGUGAAUCUCACCUAAGAAAGAAAUUUUUGCUGAUCUCAUAUUCACCUCUCUAUGGAAUGCUGGAGCAGGUUUCUGAGCAACAUGAUUUUGAUAGAAAAGGCAUAAAUAUGUAAUAGUGUAGGGAACUACAGAGCUAAUCUUUGAACACACUAGUGGCAAGAAACAGAGGUAUGGCUGUAACAGCACUCAACAAUAGAGUCUUGAAGGGAAAGUCAAGCUUGUCUGUAAGAAAGCUACUAAAAUUCUUUCCAGGUCUUCAGAAAAAUUGUGAUUGCAAUGAAUUUCUUUAAGACUACUUAAGACUAAGACCACUUAAAAUAAUAAUGACUCCGAGGUCUCAGGGAAGAACCUUCAAUAUACUGGUUACUGAUCAAUGAGGCAGGUUUAUUUGAGUGAGCAAUUCCAGGGAUGUGUUUUCUAGGUGGUACUCAUUUCACUUCUAAAGCCUUUCACAGUUACAUAUAUAAAAGAUAAAAGAUGCCUCUACAGCACAGUAAGAGUAAACGCAGUAUUUUCAGGCAAGCACACAAAUUUCAGCUGUGCUGAUGACUCUGAACUUUCAUGUUAGCAUGAAAGCUUCCUGUUGAUAUUUAUUGGUACCCAAAUUUAUAAAGCUGUACCUUGAUGUGUUUUAGUAUCUAACUGCACAUUUCUAUGUAGCAGCCUUCCAGAAUUAUAUUGAACAACACUAUUAAGCAGUACUACACAAGAAAUGUAGUGAGCAAUAUUUCAGAACCUAACUUGAUUCGUUUGCAUUUUCUAGUAACAUUGGAGAAUACACCAUUUUGCCAAGUGCAACUCACACUUCUAUAUUUUACUUUCUUUGGUAUGCUCUGGGCUUUUUACAGUUGUUUUUAAAACUUUCAUUGAGGUAUAUCCUUCCAUAAGGAUUGCAGAAUUUAAGAUGAUGAAGAGUCCCAUCUGACAGGGAGCAGGUACUCUUGUUUUCCAGUGCUUGCUCCAGGCCACUUCAAAUGAUGGAAUUGUACAGUUUGUCUUAAGAGAACUCUCACUAUGAUAUCUAUGUUUAAGAUAUGUGGGGCAGGGAGGAGUUCAGGGAGGGACAAUCUGUGCUUAUGAGAAUGUAACUUCAGGUGGAUGGAGUUGAGCUGAAUGUAUAUAAAAUUUGGAGAGCUCCCCCACUAACCUACCAGGAAACAUAAAUAUAUAUCUCAAUCCCUGAUUUCUUAUGCUGAUCUUGUAAAAUACAAUACUUGCUUCUACUUACAGUUUGUUCCAGAGAAGAGAUUGAUUGUGACCUAAAGUCCUUGCGUAUAACAUUUGGAGGUUCACUUCUUGCACUUAUUUGUGAACUCUCAAAUUCAGAGAAAUGCCACUGACUUCACUGGGUUUACAGAAGAUUUGUGUGCUUCCUCAAAGAUCAGAAUCAGGCCUCAAGGUUUUUUUGUCCUACAGACCUAUAUUCUUCAUCUUUCCUGAGUCACAGAACCAGCUCUACUUUGUUGCAAAGCAUAAAAGUGGCAGUGAUUCUCCUUCAGCAUAUAAUUUGGUUAUCUGAGUUAAAAAUGGAGAUACUUCAGGCAAGAAGCUAUGAAUGCCUCUGUGAAUCAUUUAGAUAUUGGAAUCUUUGAAAAACUGCUACAUGUUGCUUACAAUGCUUUAGGAUAUAAUUACAGGAAUGAUAGAUCUCAGUGUUACGCCCAUUUUUUUGUUCUGCUUUUUUGUGGGAAGGCAAACUGAACACCAAACUGGUCUGGUUGAGGACUUCUUAAUCCUCUUUUGUUAAUUUUGUUCUCUCAAAUUUGAAACAUCACUCCCUUUCCUUGCAAGGUGCUCAAGGCAGAUGGACAUCCUUCCUGUCUGAAUGGUGACGGGCUUUCUCCGGGCUGGUGAGAAUGUUGUUCCACAGAACCAUCCAGUCAAGGAGGACAAGCGAAGGGACCUUCCACCAUUCUCUUCUAAGACAAAGCUUAGCAAAUUAUGUUUAUUUUGAAAAUUCAUCCAGCAAUCCAUAUCUCAUUAGGAGAAUUGAAGAACUUAACAAGACUGCCAAUGGGAACGUGGAAGCGAAAGUGGUGUGUUUUUACAGGCGAAGAGAUAUUUCUAACAGCCUUAUAAUGCUUGCAGAUAAGCAUGCUAAAGAAGUUGAAGAAGAGUCUGAAACUACAAUUGAGGUUGAUUUGACUGAUAAACAGAAACAUCAGUUGAAGCACAGAGAGCUUUUCCUUUCUCGCCAGUAUGAGUCCCUACCAGCAACGCACAUCAGGGGAAAAUGCAGCGUUGCACUUCUGAAUGAGACAGAAUCUGUGCUGUCAUACCUGGAGAAAGAGGAUACCUUUUUUUAUUCACUGGUGUAUGAUCCAUCAUUGAAAACACUUUUAGCAGACAAGGGAGAAAUCAGAGUGGGGCCUAGAUAUCAAGCAGAUGUGCCAGACAUGCUUGUGGAAGGAGAAUUAGAUGACAGAGAACAGGCAAAGCUGGAAGUAAAAGUAUGGGAUCCAGAUAGCCCCCUUACUGACCGUCAGAUUGACCAGUUUUUAGUUGUAGCACGUGCGGUUGGCACGUUUGCUCGAGCCUUGGACUGCAGUAGUUCUGUCAGGCAACCCAGUUUACACAUGAGUGCAGCUGCUGCUUCCCGAGACAUCACACUGUUUCAUGCAAUGGACACACUGCAUAAACACAACUAUGAUCUGAGCAGUGCCAUCGGUGUCCUGGUGCCACUGGGAGGGCCUGUCUUGUGUAGAGAUGAAAUGGAGGAGUGGUCAGCAUCAGAAGCUAGUUUAUUUGAAGAGGCUUUGGAAAAGUAUGGCAAGGACUUCAAUGACAUUCGACAAGACUUUCUCCCUUGGAAGUCCCUGACUAGCAUCAUUGAGUAUUACUACAUGUGGAAAACCACUGACAGAUAUGUGCAGCAGAAACGUCUGAAAGCAGCUGAAGCAGAAAGUAAAUUGAAACAAGUAUACAUCCCCACCUACAAUAAACCAAAUCCCAAUCAAAUAUCCAGCAACAAUGGGAAACCUGCUGCAGUCAACGGAGCAAUGGGAGCCUCUUACCAGGCACAAGCCACAGUAAUAGGUCGGGCUUGUGAAAGCUGCUAUACUCCGCAGUCUCACCAAUGGUAUUCUUGGGGCCCUCCUAAUAUGCAAUGUAGGUUGUGUGCAUCUUGCUGGAUUUAUUGGAAGAAAUAUGGUGGCCUGAAAAUGCCCACACAGACAGAUGAAGAUAAGCUGUCUUCCAGCCAACCUACAGAGGAGUCGCAUGUCCGAACUCACCUGUCCCGGCAGGCCACGCAGGGCACCCCGGUCCGUAACACGGGCAGUCCCAAGUCGGCGGUGAAAACACGGCAGGCUUUCUUUCUGCACACCACCUGUUGGACAAAACUGGCCCGUCAGGUCUGCAAAAAUACCCUCCGGCUGCGGCAGGCAGCACGACGUCCCUUUGUCCCUAUUAACUGUGCUGCCAUUAAGGCAGAAUAUGCAGAUCGACAUUGUGAACUUGCUGGGAAUCCUCUGAAGAUAAAAAGCACCAGAAAACCACUGUCAUGUAUCAUUGGGUAUUUAGAGAUACAUCCUGCUGUGAAACCCAGUGUAAUCAGGUCCACACCAAGCCUUCAAAGUCCAAGUGCAAAAAGACUGCUUGCACCCUCCAACCACUCUUCAUUAAGUAUUUUGGGGAAAAGAAACUACAGCCAUCAUAAUGGGCUUGAUGAAUCAUCCAGCCAUACCACAAGAACAAUCAUGCAUGCUGCUCCCCACAUCCAUAUGACUAAUGGGAAGGCCUUGCAAGCCAGUGCAAGUGCCAUUAAGACAAGCACCAUUCCAGUGAUCAAGAGACAGAGGCAAAAUUGGCUUGAUGCUUCAGAUGAUGGUUUCUUUAUAGCUACAGAAGAGACCAGAAAAAUCCGUAAGAAGUUCACCAGAUCACAGCUGAAAAGAGCUUCCAGAACACCUUGUUCUCCGAUCAUUGCAAAGACAAAGUCUCUCAUGAACAAUAGGCAGGCCCAAACAGAGCCAGGAUCCAUCAUACACUGAAGAUAUAACAACAUCAGCACCAUAAUAAUGUCAAAAUCAUGUUUCAUUGUGAAUGCAGACAUAACAGGACUUACCACAUCUCUGAGACAGAAACGUGUGGACGUAUUGUGGCCGGGUUCCGUGUUCUGGGCAGGAUCCAACAGCAGCCCUUCUCUUCCCUCAUCUCUGCAAGGGCUACUUCUGGUUUUCUGUACAGGCCUAUCCCGGAUUCCCUCCGUUCCCAGACAACAGUGUUGGCUGGUCAAGGAGGGGCUGUUUGCACUGGUCCCUCUGAAUUGAUGCAGAGUCCACCCAUCAGAUUUGUCUAUGCCUUCUAGUGGCUCAGCAAAAAUAUGCAGCUUUCAAAACUAUUGCAGUGUCUCUAAAAUGGGAUUUAGCCUUGAGGUGUUGCAUUUUCAAACAGAACUGCAAACUUGGAUUGUUCAUAUUUUUCAGUAUUGGCUUGAGUCUCCUUGUGUUUGAUUUUCUAUACUGAAUGUCCACAAGGACAGGUAUUGUUUUGCAGUUCUGAAACUUAGACUGAAUUAGGAAAUGCCCAUAAUUAGUGUCCAGUUUUGAAAAUGUUGGCCAUAUUAGCUUAGUUUAAAAUCCUGGAAAGUAUUAUGUGUGACAGUAAAUAUCCAGCCGGACUAGUUGCAUGUGUAGGAACUGGUCCCAUUGCCUCUGUAUUUGAAAGCAUCUGCCUAUUUCUUGGGGUAUUUUUUGCAUUUCUUGAAGCCUAUUCUGAAUAGUGAAAACCAGCAGAACACCAUUCCCAGAAGACAUGAAGAAACAGAUUAUUUCCUAUUAGUAAUGUCUCUCCACAAAAUAAUUUCUACAUUUUUAUAUGUCUGGAUAAAGAGGUCUUGCAGAAUGCUUUGAAUUCAUAAAUGUAAGGCUACAGGUGGAUACUUACCAUGGAGAGAUGAUGUGCCUUUUGAAACUACUUGUAGGAAACUGUCAGUCUCCCUGGAGGUGGGAAUGGCAACAGAGGCAGGUCUUUUAUUUCUACUCAGGUACUUAAAGGUGAACAAUCUCUGCCCUACUUUGAAAUCCAGAGAAAUCCAGUGUGGAGCACUGCUGUGUGAACCUAGUUGGGAUAUAUCAAUCAACUGAGGCAAGUUGUCCUUCAAUAGCUUUGGAUUCCAUAUGGCUUUUAAAGAUAUGGUCAGAUGCUGUACACGUCAUAGCAAACUGAGACAAGAUCCAAGACUUUUUUUUUUUUUUUCUCUCUGUUUAUUAUGUAGCUCUAUCAGCAUAGUACAGGUGUGAGGUUUUCAUCCAGUUGUGGACAUGCACCCAGCUUUGUGGUUAGAAAGACAAGGAUGUAAGUGACAUCUCAUUCUUCUGGGUGAUCCUCCGAAAAGGAUUUCUCCCCACACAUUUUAUUGUUUCAGUCUAAAAGAGCAUCUGUGAUCUCAGCCUAAAACUAGCCAUACUCUUCAUGUAGAAUUUUGAGCUCCUAAGACAGUGACCCAGGUGCUUCUUCAAAGAAGAAAGCACUCUGACUUCUUGAAGGGACUUGCUGACAAUUUUCCAUAAUGAUGGAUCCAGGUCUUGUCCACUGUCCUUCACCAGCAAGAAAAGUGUGGAUACGAAGAAAGGUUGAUGACAAGAAGUGCUUGCUCCUAGUGCCCUGAACGUUUUAGUGAAUGUCAUUGAUUCAGACUCAGUUGGAGAAGACCUGGAAUACAUCUACCUGCAAUACUUUACAGUAGCCACUGAAAUGUGCAGCUCUAGCAGUCUUCUAGGCACUGGAUCUGCAUUUUCCUCUAAACAGGAGGGCUUUUUAUCAGAUAGCUAAGUGGAGACAACCUACUCUUAUUAGUAAGAAUUGCCUUUAUUAACUGCAACAUAUGGAAACACCUUCUGUAAAAUAGCUUCCUCACCCAUUAGAAUAAAGACAACAUGAUUAUUCAGCAAUCUGUUUGACUGAAAGUAUGAAAAACAUGAACAUAACGAGCUUUGUCUCCCUCAGACAUCAGUGAAAUCACACACAGCAGACUCAUUUUCAAAGUGCUGUUAGCUGUAAGGUGGUAGAUUUUUUUACCCUGCCUUAUUAAGCUUGUACUCAAAUGAUUUCUUUUAGUCAGUGUGCUCCAGUGUCUAGACAGUAUUUUGUAGAAUCUCUGUGUGUUCCUGCUUUUGACAAAAGUAUUAGUAUCUGUAAUAGUCCAAUGUGAAGUCAUUUUUCUUCUUUCCUUCUGAGGAGAGAGAGACUGGUAACACAGCUCCCUGUCAGCAGCCAGCUGCCUGAUACCAUUAUCUUUUGCAUCAAAUAGCCAAGGUAAGGAAGAAUUCUUUGCAAUCUCAAGCUGAGAUGCUUCCUCUGGAUACGCUGGAAAUAAUGCUCCACCUCUGCCCAGCAGAGCCCUUCCCCAGGUUGCAACAGCCUGGCCUUGGGGUGGAUAAGGCAUGGAGGAGACUGAUAGCUGGAAGAACUUCUGCUCUGUCCUUCAGCUGUCCUGCAUGCAGCUGCAGGGAGACAUCCUCUCUCCUAUGGUGCACAGAGAAACUGCACACCAUGCAUUGCACCUUAGUUUUUACCUGCUCUCUCUUCAUUUUCAUCUGUCCCUCAAGAUGUUCUCUAGAGUGGAUGCAGGAUUUACAUGUGAAUUUUGACUGAGAGUGUGGAUGGAAGAUUUGCUUAAGUUGUAUUCCUCCUGCUGGGUUUGGGCAUGAUGACUUAAAUUUUUGUAGAAAUUGUGAAACUCCUCAUCACAAUAUCAUGCAAUUCCCUGCUUUCUGUUGAGUUAAAAUAUUUUUCACUGGCUGUGAGCAAAGAUGACACAUUCCUCUGUAAAUUGAAACAGUUAUAUCCACAACAAAUCAGAGCUCUCUACUUCUUUAUCAAUCUUCCCAAGUUACUUAUUUUAAAACCAGCCAACAUAUAUCAGUCAUCAACAAUGACACUGAGUAUAAACAUGAACCUUGUAAGCAAGGACAAGAAGUUUGGCACUUACCAUGAUAUGGGAGAAUCAAGGCAGCAACGGCACUGCAUUUACAAUGUGAUUUAUUUUUCUGUUAGCUAAAUAAGAUAUCCUUCUGAAAAUUUGCCUCUCCACUUACAAAUAUGCGGCUAAAAAAACAUGUAAAAUGCACAAUCUCUUUGUGUUCAGAGGCCUCAUGCAGAAAGUAGGAGGAUUGUUUCAACGUUUAAAAUGUCUGUGUUGCCAUUUUCAGCUAGUUAUCUGCUCUGCUUUCUUGAAAUAUUGUGUAUACUGCUUUCAGAUUAUUUUUUAAAGGCCCCGACUUAGUGGUGGAGGUUUUGAUUCUGGAGGAUGGUAAACAAUGUUUUGAAAUACUUGAGAUUGCCUGAAAUGUGUUGGUCAUAUGAAAACAUCUUUAAAAUCAGUGUUUUGAUUAAAGGCAAAUAUAGCCUAUAUAUAGUUUCUGCAGUCCAAACCUUGCAACAUAUUACAAAAAAUUGGGUAUGGGAAUGGAAAUGUAGAACAAACAAGGAGUAGAGAUGGUGAAAUGGAGCCUGCACUUACAUAAUGUGCACUUUUUUAGUAAUCUAAAGUAAGAUUUAUUUUUUUUAAUAAAUAUAAUUUCAACAGAGAUACUUUCCUAAUUAUGAAGGCUUAAAUAAAAUGGAAUGGCUGCACAGUAGUUUCUGAUAUAGUCACAGUAUACCAUGCCACAGCCUUUUGCAGAGAACAAUUAUAGUCCUUCAGAAAUACUAUAUUACUAGACACAGUGUCUUUAUGUAUAUGUACUGCUAUGGAAAUGGAAUUGUUAGAAUCCUUUGGAAACUCCAGCAAAAUAAUAUUCAUUUUUAAUUUUCUUUUGAUGCUUCUUUAUAUAAACCUGUGUCUUCAUAAGCCAGAGGGGCUGUCAAAAGAUCUGAGUUUAUAUAACUGCAUAGUGGAUUUUUUUGGAGUAAGUCAGUACUUUUUUAUUCAAAUGUUGCAUGUUGAGGGAGGAAACCUAAUUUUGGAAUACAUGGGUUUUGGAUAAGAGUUUUGAGGCCGUACUAUAUAAUGAUCAACAAAUUUGCAGAAUAUGCUCCUGUUGUUCAUAAAGAUUUAACAGUUGGUAUUGAAAUACUGUAUUGAUUAAAUAAAAAAAAAGGAGGAAAAAUUAAAGAGUUGUCUUGGAAUAUUUCUGCUGUUUAGACUAAAAGUGAAUUUCUCAAUGGAAUGGUAAAACUGGGAAGCUCACUGUUGGGUGUUUGAGAAUGUGCAACACCUUAGAAUGAAACAGUACUAUUUGAUUUGCAUUAAAGUGUCUUUGUGUACAAA